AUGGAAAGUUGGUUGCGCUCAUCGAGCGGUAACAUUCGUCUGAUAACGCUGAAUGCUGGUAACAGUGCGGUACCGGCGUACGUGCAUCGCAGCAGCGGUGUAGUGGAGGAGACGGUCACAUCACUUGCUAUGGACUGGAUGACUGGCAAGCUGUAUGUUGGUGUGGAGACGGUGAAUAUGCAUAAUGCUGGCCGAGUGGAGGUCUGUCCACUGGAUGGUCAGUCCAGCUGUGCUGUUGUACUCCAUUCCACCGCUGAAAAUCAAAAUUUCCCUAUUGAUGCGCUUCAUUCAUUGGUUCUCGACCCUGUUGACGGCUACAUGUACUGGUUAAAUCGUGUGCACAAACGAAUUGAACGGGCCUGGAUGGAUGGCCGACAUCACGAUCCACAUUGUUUCAAAGAUGACACCACCGAUGUUAUUGCAACCUCUGCGUUGACACUUGAGCAGGUGUGUUUGCAUGACUUCUGA